GCGGCGCCGCUCCCUCCGAGUCCCGGCUGCUGCCGCGUCCCUUUCCCGGCCCGACGCGGUCGCGGGUGUAGCCGGGCAAGGGCACCGGGCUCCUCCGGAAAACAGGAUUCGUGUUGGCACGGGCCGCCUUCCCGUCCUCGGAAGGGCGCCUCGGCUCUUCCCCAAGCUUGUGCAUCAGUCAGGACAAGCAGCCAUGGCUGGCCAUGACUCGGGGUCUCAACACCAGUUCACUGGAUUUCAGAAGUACUUCAAUUCCUAUACCAUCGUAGGCAGGAGGAAUUAUGUAAUAGCAACAUACACAAGUGUUGCACUCCUCAUCUUGUAUUUCAAGUUUAGGCCUAAGAAGCAGACUCCUGCUGUGACAGAUAAGUAAAAGGUUCCUGGCAUGUCUGAAGCGCCAACCUGUGUCAGUGUAAUGCAAUCUGAUGACUUGCUGUGGCUAAUAAAAUAUAAAUAAUUACUUGUUUUAUUGGAAAUAAGAAAUAAUCCAAAAAAGCUGAA